AUGAGAGCUGGUUUGAGUACUAUUCAACAAACCCUGACAACAGAGGCGGCGAGUGUUUUGAACCAUUCCAUAGCGGAGGCGGGCCGGCGGAACCACGGCCAGACAACGCCGCUUCACGUGGCGGCGACGCUCUUGGCUUCGCCAUCGGGUUUCUUAAGGCAAGCAUGCAUUCGCUCCCAUCCAAAUUCUAGCCACCCGCUUCAGUGCCGAGCACUGGAGCUAUGCUUUAGCGUGGCCCUGGAGCGCCUCCCUACGGCGCAAAACAUGGCUUCGGGGAUGGAACCUCCGAUAUCUAAUGCACUCAUGGCCGCUCUCAAGCGCGCCCAGGCGCAUCAGAGGCGAGGUUGCCCUGAACAGCAACAGCAACCACUACUGGCGGUAAAGGUAGAGCUAGAGCAGCUUAUUAUCUCGAUACUAGAUGAUCCCAGCGUGAGCCGGGUGAUGCGCGAGGCGAGCUUCUCCAGCCCCGCGGUCAAGGCUACAAUUGAACAGUCUUUGAAUUCCAACGCGCAUGCUAAUCAUCAAGUUGGUGCUAGAAAUGUGAAUUUGGGAGGAACUUUUGGUGGGAUUUCACCGAUGAUGCUUUCUAGUUCAACUCAAUUAUCUACACCUCCAACAGCAACACCGUCAGCUGUUAAUCCCUUGGCUAAUCGGAACAUUUAUUUGAAUCCCCGACUGCAGCAGGGGAGCACAGGGCAGAUGGGGAAUCAGAGGAUUGAAGAAGUGAAAAAGGUAUUGGAUAUUCUCGUAAGAAGAAAGAAACAGAACCCAGUUUUGGUGGGGGAUUCGGAGCCUGAGGCUGUGGUGAAGGAAUUGUUCAGAAAAAUUGAGAAUGAGGAAUUGGGAGCUGAAGGGAAAUUGUUGAAGAAUGUUCAAGUGAUCUCCGUCGAGAGAGAGUUUUUAUCCGAUAAAAAUCAGAUACCUUCAAAGAUCAGAGAAUUGGAUAGGGUGAUUGAGAGUAGGAUCAUGAGUGGUGGGGUAAUUCUUGAUUUGGGUGAUCUGAAAUGGCUGGUGGAGCAGCCUAUGAGUUUUGGUGGCGCACAGCCGCAGCAGCAGGUGGUUUCCGAGAUAGGGAGGGCGGUGGUGGUGGAAAUAGGGAAGUUACUGGUCCGAUUCACCGGAGAUGGUACUAGUGAUAAUAGAUUAUGGUUGAUUGGUACUGCAACAUGUGAGACUUAUUUGAGGUGUCAAGUUUAUCAUUCUACUAUGGAAAAUGACUGGGAUCUGCAAGCAGUGUCAAUUACUUCAAGAUCGCCUCUUUUGGGGAUGUUUCCCAGGGUUGGUACAGAGAGACUUCUGAGCAAUCCGGUGGAAAAUUUGAAUCCAUUGAAGAGUGUUCCAACUCCGCCUCCCACUUUAACUAGGCGAGUAUCUGAGAACUUGGAUAUUGCUCAAAGAAACUCCUUUUGUCCACAAUGUUCUGACAAUUAUGAGAAGGAGCUGGCGAAACUUGUGGCCAUUGAGAAGACGUUUUCGGAAGCUAAACAAGAAUCUAAUCGACCAUCUCUGCCUCUGUGGUUGAAAAAUGCGAAACUCCAGAGCAGUGAUGCUAAACUAACAGAUCAAUCAGAAGGUAAGCAUCAGGAAGUGCUUUCGAAGCAAAAGACUCAAGAAUUACAGAAGAAAUGGAGGGAAACAUGCUUGCAUCUUCAUCCUAAUUAUCAUCACAAAAUCCACUCUGAUAGAACUGCUCCACCAACUCUUUCCAUAACGAACCUGUGUAAUCCAAAUCUACUUGUGCGUCCACCUUUCCAGCCCAAGUUGCAGACAGCUAAACCCCCCGGGGAAGUUCUUCGGUUGAACACAAAUCACUUAACCAGCCAACCUGCGGCGCUCACCUGCAGCACACCUGGAAGUCCGGUGAGGACAGAUUUGGUUCUUGGACAGAAAGGGACAGAAAACACCCCGGAGAAAACUACUGAAGACGGUGUGAAAGAUUUCUUGGGUUGCAUCUCCUCAGAACCUCAGACUAAGGUCCUUGAUAAAUUUUCUAAUGAAUUGGAUGCUGAUACGUACAAAAAGCUCCUCAAGGGCCUCAUGGAGAAGGCAUGGUGGCAGGCAGAAGCAGCCACUGCAGUGGCUUCAGCCAUAACACGGUGCAGAUUGGGCAAUGGGAGAUUAAGAGGUGCUGGAUCUAGGGGUGAUACGUGGUUACUGUUUACAGGUCCUGACAGAGUUGGGAAGAAGAAGAUGGCAUCAGUCCUAGCAGAUCAAAUAUGCGGGACUAUUCCAGUAAUUAUUUGUCUUGGCUCACGUCGUGAUGAUGAAGAGUUGGAUAUGAACUUCCGUGGUAAAACAGCAAUUGAUCGCAUUGCAGAGGCAGUUCGAAGCAAUCCCUUUUCAGUGAUUAUGCUUGAAGAUAUUGAUGAAUCGGAUAUGAUCUUGCGUGGGAAUGUAAAGCGGGCUAUUGAGAGAGGUAGGCUCACUGAUUCCCGCGGAGGCGAAACCAGUCUUGGUAAUGCCAUAUUCAUCCUUACGGGAGAUUGGUCCACAACUAAUCCUGAAGUGAUCAAAGACGGUCAUUUUGUUGACGGGAAGAAACUUGCCUCCAUAGCAAGCAGAGAUUGGCAGUUAGGACUAAUAGUUAGAGAAAAGAGCGCAAAACGUCGAGCCAGUUGGUUGCAGGAGGAAGAUAGGUCAAUAAAACCUCGGAGAGAAAUAAGGUCGGGCCUCUCUCUUGACCUUAAUCUUGCUGUGGAUACUGAGGAUGACAGAACUGAUGGGUCUCACAAUUCAAGUGAUCUCACCAUUGAUCAUGAAGAUGAGCUCGGGCUUGUAAACAGAAUACAAUUCACUGUUACAUCGGUUCCUCACGAGCUGGCAAGUAGUGUCGAUGAUUCCAUAGUGUUCAAACCCGUGGAUUACUCCUUCGUUCGAAGAGAAAUCAAGAAAACAAUCUUGGUGAAAUUCUCCAUGGUUGCGGGUGACAACUUGCCCAUAGAAAUAGAAGACGAUGUCUUAGAAAAGAUCCUUGGAGGCCUAUGGCACGACCAGAUUAGUCUCGAACAAUGGAUAGAAAACGUUUUAGCACCGAGCUUCGAACAAAUCGAACCACGCCUGCCCUCUAUUGAGAGUCGUAGUUUGGUUGUCCGCCUUGUGGUGGAGUCGGGUUCCGGUGAUCGGAGAAAUGGAGAUUGGUUGCCUAGUAGAAUCACCGUAGAAGGAUAA